AUAUGAUCUCGUUGGUUUCUCACUGCAGGUUUACAAAGGGCUGGACAUCAUCACCAAUAAGGUUACAGAGGAGGAGCAAGCCCAGUGUCGCCAUCACAUGAUCAGCUUUGUGGAUCCAUUGGUUAGUGGAUACACUGUGGUGGACUUCAGGAACAAGGCUCUGUCUCUCAUGGAGGAUAUGCAUCGUCGGAAAAAGCUGCCCAUCAUUGUUGGAGGCACAAACUACUACAUUGAGUCCAUUUUAUGGAAAGUGCUCAUCGACACUGGGCAGGGGAGUGACACGGAGUCAGAAAAGGGCGUGGGUUCUGAAUCAAAGGCAGAGCUUGAGAAACUGGGUGGUCCUGAGCUUCACAGACUGUUGAAGGAGGUGGAUCCUGACAUGGCAGCCAUAUUGCACCCUCAUGAUGGACGCAAGAUUGCAAGGAGUCUGCAGGUGUUUAUGGACACUGGAGUUCCACACAGUCGGCUUUUGGAGGAGCAGCGAGGACAGGAUGGAGGAGAUUGUCUUGGGGGUCCCUUGCGGUUCCAGAACGCUUGCAUCUUCUGGCUCCACUGCAAAACGAAUGCUCUAGAUGAGAGGUUGGACAAGCGUGUGGAUCAGAUGUUGUCGCUUGGGCUGAUUAAUGAGCUCAAAGAUUUUCACCAACGCUUUAAUGAGAAGAAGAUCAAAGAGAACAGUCAGGACUAUCAGCAUGGCAUAUUCCAGUCUAUUGGCUUUAAAGAGUUUCACGAGUACCUGACAGCAAGUGAGAACGUCAGUCAGGAAGAACGUGAUAAACUGAAGAUUAAAGGGAUCGAGUCUCUCAAGCAGGUGACCCGCCGCUACGCUCGAAAACAGAACAAAUGGGUCCGCAACCGAUUCCUCAAGAGACCUGCUAGCAAUGUGCCACCAGUUUACGGUUUGGAUGCGACAGACGUGACCAAUUGGGAGACUACUGUACUUACUCCUGCUUUAGAGAUCCUGGACUGCCUCCAAAAGGGAGAGCAGCCGUCUGCACAGCCAAUCAGAGCAGAGGGGGUGGAGUCUCGCAACAAGAGGAGUCACCACAUGUGUGACCUGUGCGAUAAGGUGAUCAUUGGCGACUUGGAAUGGAUGGCACACCAGAAGUCCAAAAACCAUCUUUAUCAGGUCCGCAAGAGGAGAAAAGUCGAGCAAGCCUCAGAUCAGGACCCAAACCCUACCGAACAUCAAAAUGUCAGUGACAGGCAGAUCAAGGCUGAAUGUUUUCACUGGUUGCCUGGGUACAGCGGGGCCGUUGGCGCGGGAGACGGCGAUGGGCGUGGCCAGAGCCGGUCUGCUGCAGUUUAGCGCGCUCGCUUUCCCGCCAUGAGGGAGGGGCUUUGGCACAAAGACAGAGCGCAGAGAGGAGGAUUUCCCGCCAAAUGUAAUGUAAAUAAGCCCGGGUGGGAGGGGCCUUCAGCCGUUUGCGGCACGGUUAACUCUUUCAGUGCUGGAACGAAGCCUAUAACCCCUCAACUCAUAAAGAUGACUUCCAUAAGCACACCGUCUCGCCUUAUGUUCCAUGUUAUGUAACUUAUGAAACUCAAGCUCUCAAAGCAU